GAUAAUUAAUGCUACUUUAAUAAAGGAAACGCUGCGCGUAGGUGCGCGCGCGAGUCUUCGCAUGAUUAAACAAAGCCAUUUCCGCCAGGGCGUAAAGCGAUGACGGAUCGGCGGUGGCUGAGCGUUGGCUUGACCUUAAGCAGAGUUGAAUAGAUACAGAAGCAGAGUUCAUUCAAUCAUUAUCAACCGAAGAAGAGGAGAAUCCCAGAACCAAAGAGAAGUGAAAAAUGACUUUGAAAAUAUACGCCGAUCGGAUGUCCCAGCCAAGUCGUGCCGUUCUUCUCUUCUGCAAGGUGAACGGGAUCGAUUUUGAGGAGGUUAGGGUACAUAUUGCCAAGGGUCAGCAGCUGUCUCCUGAGUUUGAAAGCAUAAACCCAAUGCGGAAACUUCCGGUGAUAUUCGAUGGGAGAUUUAAGCUGUUCGAGAGUCAUGCAAUCCUCAUCUAUAUUGCUUGCUCAUUUCCUGGAGUUGCAGAUCAUUGGUAUCCAGCUGAUCUUUUUAGAAGAGCUAAGAUCCACUCUGUGUUGGAUUGGCAUCACUCCAAUUUACGCUUUGGUGCAGUAACAUUGGUUCAAAAUACUGCACUAGCGCCUGUGCUCGGCCGGCCUUUGAAUCUAGAAGCAGCUGCUGAAGCAGAGAAGGUUUUGUUCAAGUCUCUUUCAAAAAUUGAAUCCUUUUGGCUAAAGGGGGAUGGGCGCUUCUUGCUGGGUGGCUCUCAACCGUCCAUUGCAGAUCUCAGCCUAGUGUGUGAAAUUAUGCAGCUAGAGAUUUUGGAUGAGAAGGAUCGGAAUAGAAUAUUAGGUCCAUACAAGAAAGUUCAGCAAUGGAUUGUGAACACAAAAAAUGCUACAAGACCUCAUUUUGAUGAAGUGCAUGCAGUCCUCUUCAAGGUCAAAGAAAAACUACAAAAGCAGCGUUUGGCUGGAGAAAAUAUUGGGACUGGGUCUAGCCAGAAAAAAGCAUUGCCUUCGAAGAUGUGAAAAUCUUCUUAAAUGGGACUUCUUGCUUUUGAUUUAAAGCCACCGACUGUUGGCAUUAUAGAUUUCACCAUUGUAGAAGGAGCAAACAAAGAAUUCCAUGUGUACCUGGUGUGUACCAUGUUGUACUAUCUUUGCUGAGAACAAAAUUCUACUUUGAUUUUUGGGAAUAUGUGAUUCCCAUGUUUAUUCUCCCCCCGCCCCACCCCCCCCCCCCCCCUUCUCUGUAAUAAUGAUAAAACAUUCUUAAAUAGGACAAAUAAUGGAAGAAGAUAUUUUACCAAAAAAGAAA